AUUUUGUCAAGGGACGUUACUCUUCGCGCGCAUGCGCAAUAGGAAUGCGAAAUACCUCGGCGCCGAUACACCGGACACGGUUAACCGGGUUGUAAACGGGACUGUUCAACUUCCCCUUGUAUUAUGACCUUACACUUAGCGACUGUGCAGGAAAAACCCCCAAAACAGGAUAUAAGAUUACUGAGGAGAAGAUUGGGACGAACGGGUGGGUACACGCGUGCAUUUGUAGAAUGAUCUUAGUAUACAUAUUUGUCACUGGCAUCGCUAGUAGUUGUUUCUCGUGUAACACGGGCCGUUUUGUCGAAUACUACGAGGGAAAUCUUACUUUCGCUUUCACAUACAGCGCUUACUUUGACUGAUAAAUGGACUUCAAUACUGAAACAACGGAUUCACUUCCACAGUGGCUAAGUUUUGUGUCUGAUCUGACGCCAAGUUUCACGCCAAGUUUCACGCCAAGAACAUAUUUGGAAAAGCGUUCACUUGAGUCCUACGGACCACAGUCCAUAUCAAGGAUAUUUUUCACGGAACUCCACUACCACCGUGACGAUCAGAUAAGUGGGAGCAAUUGGACUUUAGAAAUGUUAAGCAGAUACAUGAAUAUUGAAGAACACAUUGGGCAGCUGCUUAUUGAUACUGACAGAGUAGAUGAUCAGUCUGGAAAAAUGAAUAAGAUCGUCCAGGAGACUAUGGACAUGUUUGAUGCGUCUAACACGAAUCCCGAGCUCGAAAAUGUGUUGGCCACGGAAGCAGACGUCAGGAUCCAUCUGUCAGCCAUAUUGAGGAAAAUGUGCCCGGAACUGGGACUUACUCUUAGAACAGAGUCACAAAUUGAACUGGGUUACCUACCUACCUGUAAAUUUGAUUUCUUAUUUCUGACGCGCGGCGGCAAGCCAGUUGGGUGCAUGGAAGCAAAGACGCCUUCUACCAUGAACAGCAGAGCGUUUGCACAAGCUGUCGUCGAGCUACUGGUUCUACAGCAGUUAGCUUAUCAGCACGACGUUAACAUCUCCACUGUGCCGUUGUUCAACGUCCUGUCUGACGGCCAGAGGUUCGUCCUGAUGCAAGUGAAGGGGGAAAAGUUGUGUCUGGAGUACGCGUCGAAGACCGGCAAAGAAUGUACUGAAAGUCCGUACCACUAAAGUGAUGGAAGCAUUAUCUGAACUGAUUAAAAUGACACUGAAUAAUAUUGCAAGCCCUGACCUUCAGACCAGUUAAUUUAUCCCAAUGUCUACAUCUUUUUUUCCCGAAUGUGAAGAUUUGCUCCAGCAUUGGCGUGGCAGUUGACCCCUAGGAUCCCCCAUCCCUUGAAAAUAAGUAGGGAUGCUUAAAAAAAUUUAACUACAUUUCUACACGGAACUAAUACUAUCAUGAUUCCGACUAGUGUACGGAGUUCCACUUAUAUAGCCUUUGUAUUCAUUGAUGGUGGUACUCUCCUAAGACUGAGCAACUUUCUUAUAUACUCGAGUUAACAUGCCGGGAUUCGGGAGUAUGCUCCUUCGUAAAUUUUUGAAAACCGGAUUUCCUAAAAUGCAGUGUUCUGAAUUCUACAAGUAAUAUAGGCUACAUAAUUUUGUAAUGCAUUUUUCACGAUGUAUACUUUUUUAUAUACAUAUAUAUAUAUAUUUUAAAAACACAACAGUGAUUUACCAAUUAUUUACAAUGCAAUAGCUGUACCGGCCUCGAUACUGAUAUGUGGGGUAGGGUUAGAGAAAACUAUAUGCAAUGCCUUGGCAAUCGUCAACAACCUAUGGUUGUGAACUAUUGGGUCUAAAAUAAACCUUUUUCCUAAAUUUAGUUAUUAUACAGUGAAUAUUUACAAUCACACAAUCACUACUAGCAGUAGUAUAUUUGCAAUUGUAGCGUGAAUACAUUACUCUCACUAUUAAAUUUUGUAUUGUACACAUUUAUAUAUACAUUUUGUACAUGUUUAUAUAUAUUUAAAAUGUAUAUUUAUUUAUUCAUGUAUUCAUUUGUGCUUUUUAUUUUCUUCUUUUAAAUUCAUUA